AUGACCGAUCACACCAAAGCGAUUGUGAAGAAUGCCGAUAUGCCCGAGGAUAUGCAACAGAAGGCGGUAGAUAUUGCCAAAGAUGCAAUGGAGCAGUUCUCCAUUGAGAAGGACAUUGCGGCACACUUGAAGAAGGCAUUUGACAAGGAGUACUCUCCCACAUGGCAUUGUGUUGUUGGACGCAAUUUUGGCAGCUAUGUGACUCACGAGUCGAAACACUUCAUCUACUUCUACAUGGGACAGGUGGCUAUCCUCCUCUUCAAAUCGGGCUAA